AUGGCGGAAUUCGUGCGUGCCCAGAUCUUUGGCACAACCUUUGAAAUCACAAGCAGAUACACUGAUUUGCAACCCGUGGGCAUGGGAGCGUUCGGCCUCGUCUGUUCUGCAAAGGAUCAACUCACAGGUCAAGCUGUAGCAGUGAAGAAGAUCAUGAAGCCUUUCUCCACGCCAGUCCUGGCAAAGCGCACAUACCGAGAACUGAAGCUGCUGAAGCAUCUUCGACAUGAGAACGUCAUCUCGCUCAGCGAUAUCUUCAUCUCUCCCCUCGAGGAUAUCUACUUCGUGACCGAACUGUUGGGCACCGACCUCCAUCGGUUACUGACAUCGAGACCUCUCGAAAAGCAAUUCAUCCAAUACUUCCUUUAUCAAAUCCUGCGAGGCCUGAAAUAUGUUCAUUCCGCCGGUGUUGUCCAUCGUGACCUGAAGCCUAGUAACAUUCUGGUCAACGAGAACUGCGACUUGAAAAUUUGCGAUUUCGGCCUGGCCAGAAUCCAAGAUCCUCAGAUGACCGGCUAUGUUUCCACCCGCUACUAUCGAGCCCCGGAAAUCAUGCUUACCUGGCAAAAGUACGAUGUCGAGGUCGAUAUCUGGAGUGCCGGCUGCAUCUUUGCAGAGAUGUUGGAGGGAAAGCCACUUUUCCCUGGCAAGGACCACGUCAACCAGUUUUCCAUCAUCACCGAGCUACUUGGCACCCCUCCUCAGGAUGUCAUCGAAACCAUCUGCAGUGAGAAUACUCUGAGAUUCGUUCAGUCCUUGCCCAAGAGAGAGCGGCAGCCUUUGAGCUCGAAAUUCAAGAAUGCCGACCCGCUCGCCAUUGAUCUGCUGGAGGACAUGCUGGUCUUCGACCCGAGAACAAGGGUCUCGGCCGAGCAAGCCUUGGAACACGAAUAUCUUUCUCCCUAUCAUGACCCUACCGAUGAGCCUGUUGCCGACGAAAAGUUUGAUUGGUCAUUCAACGACGCCGAUCUACCUGUUGACACCUGGAAAAUCAUGAUGUACUCCGAGAUUCUGGACUAUCACAACGUGGACAAUCCAGACAACGGUGGCAUGUCUAUCGAACAAGCACAAGCUGUCAACGGCCAGACUGUCCAGUAA